GCCCAAAGUUUGCUAGGAGGCUUUCCGGAGGGGAGGGCGCGGGUCUUUAAAAGCAGUGUGCACGCAGGCGACGCACACACACAGGAGCCUCCGCAGCGUCCUGCAGAGAAACAUCCGACCACAGCAGCCAUACUAGCGGGGGCGGCGAUGAUGCUGGCGGCUAUCCUGGAGCCGCUGGGCUUGGGCCUGUGCACGUGGGGCUCAGUGCUGGUGAUGGUGGCGUGCGUGCUGCCCACGUGGAGGGUGACGGCCUUCCUGGACUCCAACAUCGUGGUGGCUCAGACCGUGUGGGACGGUUUGUGGAUGUCAUGUGUGGUCCAGUCCACGGGUCAGAUGCAGUGCAAGGUGCACGACUCCGUGCUCAGCCUGGCGCGUGACUUGCAGACGGCGCGUGCCCUGACGGUGGUCUCCGUCGUGCUGGGCGUGCUGGGGCUGGCUGUGACAUUAGCAGGGGCUCAGUGCACCAACUGCAUCCGCCAGGAGGCGCUCAAGGCCCGUGCCGUGUACGCCGGCGGCCUCAUCUACGUCCUCAGCGGCGUGCUGGUUCUGGUUCCGCUUUGCUGGAUGUCAGGCAACAUCAUUGCAGACUUCCACGACCCCAAGGUGCCCCCCUCCAAGAAGAGGGAGAUCGGGGCCGCCCUCUACAUCGGCUGGGCCGCCGCCGCGCUCCUCCUGCUGGGGGGUGGCCUCCUCUGCUGCUCAUUCGGACGCGCGGCAAGGAGCUCCUACGCCGAUGAUUACACCAACGGGGACAAGAAGCUCUACGUGUGAACCAACACUGCAGGAGAACAGGGACAGAACCACAACUGGCAUCCGGGUAUUUCUCAACAUUCAACUCUUUAAUAGUCAUACUCAUCGUACGGACACAUGAUUAGGUACACAGCUUAGUGCCAGCUGCAGGUGUGCCUAAUGAAGUGACCGUAUGAAAGUCUGUCUCCUGUGAAUAUGCAAAUGAGUGUGCGCUUCAAACAUAGUCACGUUCUUUGAUGUUUUUGUACUUUAUGAGCUCAUUAAAUAAACCUUGUUUGUUGA